CUAAUUGUUAAAAAUAUUAAUAACAGAGCUUAUUUGUUAUUUUGGGAUAGUACAUGGCUUGUUUAGCUAUUAAUCUUUGCUACCAGAAACGGGGAGAAUCCUUCCGAAGGCGCUCGAUCGCUGUUUGUUUCGUCGUGUCGGCUUCCAUCUCUACUUCCCUGUCACCGCUCGCUCCAUUGAAUUAACGCGCUUUUUCCUCUACCAGCUUAAUCGCAACCGACUUCCCUCCAUUCCCUGGUUUCUUUACAAGGAAGAAAAGCUUUUCCUCGAGGAAGUUAGCGGUUCUUCGCUUUCACAAGGAAUCUUAUCAGGGUUCGUAAGGGGACUCAAAAAGCUAAGAAGGGAAGCAUAACACAACAUGGCUCUGAAUCCACAGCUUCUCCCAAACGGGAUGCCCGUUCCAUUCGUGAACGAGAUGUUUGUAUUGGCCAGAGAUGGCGUCGAGUUCGAAGUCGACAAGAUUCCCGGAAGUAAUCAGGUCAAAGCUAAAGGAACCAUAUACUUGUCCAACAUACGUAUGGUUUUUGUCGCAAGUAAGCCCACCGGAAGCCUGGUUGCUUUUGAUAUGCCGCUGCUUUAUGUCCAUGGUGAAAAAUUUAACCAACCGGUAUUUCACUGCAACAAUAUUUCCGGUCAGGUGGAACCGGUUGUCCCCGAGAACGAGAACAGAGCUCUCUACUCAACUCACAAGUUCAAAAUCUUGUUCAAAGAAGGUGGGUGUGGAACCUUCAUCCCACUGUUCUUCAACUUGAUAGCAUCAGUGAGGCAGUUCAGUCAACUGCAGCAAAAUUAUGCGGCAAGCCCUGUUGUCGACCCGUUGCAGGCAGCCGAGACUCCAGCAGUUGAUGAAAUGAUUAGACAUGCGUAUGUUGAUCCCAACGAUCCCACAAAGAUCUUCCUGCAGCAGCCAGCUCCAGGCACUGGACCAAGGCGCCGUACAUAUCGCCCAUCUGCACCAGACGCCAUAUGA